GGUUUCUAAGAGCUCAGUUUGACUUGAAUAGCUUUACAACAAUGGAAGGUGAAUGCAAAGUAAUGCUGGAAGCAACAGUAGAACCAGGAUCCAGGAGCCAAUCGGUGAAGCCGUGGUCGAAGCUCACCACGGCCCUGAUGGUGUUCACACUCUGCCUCGCUUCAACUGCCGCCGCCGUGCUGCUCUUCAACAGGCAGUCCAAGGGCCCAGGACAAGAUGAAAACACUUUUGAUCUCCGCCAUGCAUUGAGGCAACUUCCAAACGAGAAAGCGGCCAUUCAUUUAGUCGGACAUCACAACUCUUCCAGGAUGAACUCCAUUGAAUGGAAGGACGAUGGUGACCAGACCCACUCUCAAGGAGGUCUGAAACUCAAAAGAAAUGAAAUUGUGAUUCCUCGACAUGGCCUCUACUUCGUAUACAGCCAAGCGUCUUUCCACGUCAACUGCCUCAGCAGCGAUGCUGAAGAAGGCCUCCCACAGCCCCUGGUCCACCUGAGUCACAUCGUGCAGCGCUGGUCAGACACUUUUGGGAAAGACGACGAGGAUUCCUACCAGACCAUCCUGCACUCUCUCCGCACCGCCUGCCAAAUGAAACCCAGCAGUGAUCCGGAUGAGGAGGGGCGGUGGUACUCCACUGUGAACGUGGGGGCUGUGUUCAACCUCAGGAAAGGGGACCGACUUAGGACGUUGACGGAAGAGAAGACUUUGCCCGAUCUGGAGGAUGGAAACGGGGACACUUUCUUCGGAAUGUUUCAAUUGUGAGGUGUGGCCUGAGGGCAGCUAGGGAACGUAUGCUCUAGACUCUGGCCUUGAUGGGGGCUCCACUAUGAGGCUGAGCCCACUGCCUCACCUCAAUCCAAGUCCACUGUUCAAUGUGCAAAGGUCUACACUGCACUAAACAGACUUUUAGAAAAUACUUUACUUCCAAACCGUUAGCAAGUCCUUUGUCAGAAAACCGAGCUGUGUUACUGUAGCAGUAAACACAAUAGCUGUAAUGUUGCACCAUAGAUAUCUAUGGGGCUGUCAUGUUAUGUACUAUGUACCUGUCUUAGUGCCAGUACCUUUUGCUGUACUGCAAUGCUCUGUUGCAUAUUUAUUGUGUCACAACAAGCUGA